CCAACCUCCCCUUUAGCUCCGAGUCGGAAACUCGAGCCCGACUCCAAGAUGGUGGCCGGAUGUGCCGUUUUCCAAUUUAUUUCGUGCUUGAUAUUGUGGACAAAAGUUUGUUCGCUCUCAAGAGGCCCCUAAAGGGGCUCAUUGUGCCCAUUCUGAGAGUUUCAUGGUGUGGGCAGCGCCAGGGUUGGGAUAAAACCGCCACUCCCGGAUGCCCAGCACAAACAUGGCCGCCGUAGCAUCAGCAGAGGCUGCCAGACGUCCGGCGCGGGUGCGCGCAUCGCGCAGGCGCACUUCUGCUCGUCCCGGGACGGCAACAGCUACGGCGCUGGCGGCGGCGGCGCGGGGCAUGGUCCCCGGAUCCGAGGGCCCGUCUCGGGCCGGGGGCCUGGUGGCCGACGUGGUGUUUGUGAUCGAGGGAACAGCAAACCUGGGGCCGUACUUCGAGGGACUCCGCAAGCAUUACCUGCUGCCCGCCAUAGAGUACUUCAAUGGGGGACCACCCGCAGAGACGGACUUCGGUGGAGACUAUGGUGGAACCCAGUAUAGCCUUGUGGUGUUCAACACAGUGGACUGCGCACCAGAGUCCUACGUACAGUGUCACGCUCCUACCAGCAGCGCCUAUGAGUUCGUCAGCUGGCUCGAUGGCAUCAAGUUCAUGGGCGGUGGGGGUGAGAGCUGCAGCCUCAUUGCGGAAGGCCUGAGCACUGCCCUGCAGCUGUUUGAUGAUUUCAAGAAGAUGCGUGAACAGAUUGGCCAGACACACCGGGUGUGUCUCCUCAUCUGCAAUUCGCCGCCAUACCUGCUGCCUGCUGUGGAGAGCACCACGUACUCAGGCUGUACAACCGAGAGCCUGGUGCAGAAGAUAGGGGAGCGUGGUAUCCACUUCUCCAUUGUUUCUCCAAGAAAGCUGCCAGCCCUUCGGCUCCUGUUUGAGAAGGCAGCUCCUCCUGCCCUGCUGGAGCCGUUGCAGGCACCAGCAGAUGUGAGCCAGGACCCGAGGCACAUGGUGCUCGUGCGUGGGCUCGUCCUGCCUGUUGGUGGCAGCUCAGCUCCAGGCCCUCUGCAGCCCAAGCAACCAGUUCCUCUGCCGCCAGCUCCAUCCUCGGCCGCCACACUCUCAGCAGCGCCCCCACAGGCUCUGCCCCCUGUCCCACCACAGUACCAGGUCCCCGGGAACCUCAGUGCUGCUCAGGUGGCUGCACAGAACGCCGUGGAGGCUGCCAAGAACCAGAAGGCCGGGCUGGGCCCCCGCUUCUCACCCAUCAACCCUCUCCAGCAAGCAGCUUCAGGAGUGGGCCCCCCCUUCAGCCAAGCCCCAGCACCCUCGUUGGCUCCUGGGCCUCCUGGAGCCCCGAAGCCACCUCCUGCUUCCCAGCCUAGCCUAGUCUCCACUGUGGCCCCUGGACCAGGCCUGGCACCCACAGCGCAGUCUGGGGCUCCAUCUAUGCAGGCAGGCGCUGUAGCCCCAGGGGGGGUCAGUGGUCCUUCACCAGCCCAGCUUGGGGCUCCUGCACUUGGUGGGCAGCAGUCAGUGUCCAACAAGCUCCUGGCCUGGAGCGGGGUCCUCGAGUGGCAAGAGAAACCAAAGCCUGCAUCUGUGGAUGCCAACACCAAGCUGACGAGGUCUCUGCCUUGCCAGGUCUAUGUGAACCAUGGAGAAAACCUGAAGACUGAGCAGUGGCCCCAGAAGUUAAUCAUGCAGCUCAUCCCUCAGCAACUGCUGACCACCCUGGGCCCGCUGUUCCGGAACUCAAGAAUGGUUCAGUUCCACUUCACCAACAAGGACCUGGAGUCCCUCAAAGGCCUCUACCGCAUCAUGGGCAACGGCUUUGCGGGCUGCGUGCACUUCCCACAUACAGCCCCGUGCGAGGUGCGCGUGCUGAUGCUCUUGUACUCGUCCAAGAAGAAGAUCUUCAUGGGCCUCAUCCCCUACGACCAGAGCGGCUUUGUCAACGGCAUCCGCCAGGUCAUCACCAACCACAAGCAGGUCCAGCAGCAGAAGCUGGAGCAGCAGCGAGGGGUGGGGGCACAGCAGGCGCCUCCAGGCCUGGGCCCCAUUCUGGAGGACCAAGCGAGGCCCCCGCAGAGUCUACUCCAGCUCCGUGCACCACAGCCCCAGCCUCAGGGUGCUGUGGGGGCCUCUGUGGCUACAGGGCAGCCCCAGCCCCAAGGAACGACCCAGGCCCCGACAGGGGCACCCCAGGGUCCUCCAGGAGCAGCCCCCGGCCCACCUCCUUCUGGACCCAUCCUUCGGCCCCAGAACCCUGGGGCCAACCCCCAGUUGCGGAGCCUCCUUCUUAACCCACCACCGCCGCCCCAGACUGGGGUACCCCCACCCCAGGCCUCCCUCCACCAUCUGCAGCCUCCAGGGGCCCCUGCACUGCUGCCACCACAUCAGAGCCUGGGGCAGCCCCAGCUGGGGCCGCAACUCCUGCACCCUCCACCUGCCCAGUCUUGGCCCACACAGCUUCCGCAGCGGGCUCCACUGCCAGUGGCCAAACGAAAGAAGGAAGGAGAGGGCCGCGUGUUCCGGGAAAAGUGGGAGCGAGACUAUUUCUUUGUGGAAGUGAAGAGCAUGCCUACGUGCUUAAUAUGCAAAAAAAACGUGUCAGUGCUGAAAGAGUACAACCUGAAGCGUCACUAUGAGUCCCAGCACAGUAAGAGCUACGACCAGUACACAGCACAGAGCCGCGACCUGCUCCUGCAGGAGCUGAAAAGGGCCCUCGGAGCCAGCCAGGCUUUGGAGAGCCAGGAGUAGGAGCCGUGGAGUGGUGUGGGAAGAGCUCCCGUGUCCUGACCAGAGCUCCAUCCUCAAGGCUGUCUGUCCUGUGAGUCUGACCAGCGUCUGCAGGCUGAGGCACACAGGAGUCAGAGGCCUCAUGGGGUCCAGUUGCCAGACCCACAGCUGUGGCCUUUUGAUGGCUGUGCAGAAACUCUGACCACAUGGCUAGCUUUAUUUAUUUGUGGUGGCGGUUAUCUCCAUGCAGCUGAAGAAGUCUGAGGCGGCACCAGGCCAGCCCCUCACUUUGAAGUGGCUCGCUCUUGUGUAUGCACACACAUCAGAAUUCAUAAGCACAACUACAGCCCUGUAAUGGUGAUCGGGCCCUCCAUCAGAGGGGGCCAUCCCGUACCUCGAUCCCAAGUGGCACUGUUUGUCAAGGACCCAGGUCAGGUCCGAGCCUCAAUCACCAGGAAUUCAGAUGCACCACGACGCCUUGACUCUGGCCUUCCUGUGCUUGAACUGAGCCAACCAUCUGAGACCAGGAAGUGCAGGAAAUCCAAAUUGUCGCGCUUGGUUCAUCUCAAAGUGUGCAGAGCCAUGCCCUGGUUCCCUGGAGGUCAGUUAGAAACUUGUGGUUGAGGUUCCCACCCUCUGAACACUGAAUCUCUCUCAGCAGGGAUAUUCACAAACAGCUCCUGAAUGUAUGACUGUGGUGUGGUCCUGGCAGACGGAUGCCACUGCCCUGGAACAGUGGAACUGCUAACCCUUGCUGCAGCUGGUUUCUGGAAAUGAGGUGGCCAGAACCAGUCACCCACACUGUGAGACCCAAGACCAAGCCCCCCGAGGGCCGUACUCUACUUGAACCUGAGCUAACGCUGGCUAGCUCGCUCUUCCUGAUUGUGUGAACGCAGACCACAGUGCAAGCUGCCGUGCAUCAGGGUGCUUGCAAUUCUGCAAUAUGGCGAGGUUCCUCCACCUCUGCCCAGCAGUGUCCCAAGUGUCCGGCUGCCCACACUUGUGACAGUCACUGUUUUCGUUACAGACCUAAAUAAAAACUCCAUUUUAAGGAUCAAGGUUCAAUUCUCAUCUGCCCAUCUCUGUCCCAUGCAAGACCUAGCAUUGACAUCUGGGUGUAGAAGGGCAGGUGUUAACCUUCCAGCCUCUACUCAAAGGCACAAGAGAAUUACAAGAGAGAAAUUUUAAUAACUAAAUAUUUCUAUUUUUCAAUUUGUAUUUUUUCAAUUUUGAAUUUAAAGUAUGGACUCUAGUAUCAUACGUGUUUGUGUUGUGUUCCAUGCGUUCACCAUAGCUCAGUAAAGAUCCAAUUUGAUUAUC